AUGUCUAGUGGAGUGAUCUGUGAUAACUUUUGGGCCAUCUCCCUUGGAAGUUGAAGUGGGCCGGGGCAGGCUGAAGUGUAGGUGUUGGGUGUGGAAAUGAUAUUGAUGAUCAUGGCUUGGCGAGAGAUUAUUCCAUCAUCUCCGAUCGCAUGUUGUAAAGUGGAGGUCCCAAGCAACAUUGAUAUUUAAAUAAGCUGCUUCUGCUUCUAUUCUCAAUUCUCAUGGCCUUCCCGGAGAAGGACGCCGGAGCUAAUUUUGUCCUCCAAUCCAAAGGUGAAUGGUGGCACGCGGGUUUCCAUUUAACGACGGCGAUCGUGGGUCCCACCAUACUGACGCUACCGUAUGCGUUGAGAGGGUUGGGGUGGGGGUUGGGUCUGUUUUGCCUAACGGCGAUGGGACUGGUCACGUUCUACUCUUACUACCUUAUGUCCAAGGUGCUUUAUCACUGUGAGAAUGCCGGUCGCCGCCACAUCCGCUUUCGUGAACUCGCCGCUCACGUCUUCGGGUCGGGAUGGAUGUACUAUUUUGUAAUCUUAAUACAAACAGCAAUCAACUGUGGGGUUGGCGUAGGAGCAAUCUUACUUGCGGGCCAAUGCCUUCAGAUCCUGUAUACCAGUAUUUCACCACACGGAUCCCUGAAAUUGUACGAGUUUAUAGCAAUGGUGACAGUGAUAAUGAUAGUUCUAUCUCAGCUUCCCUCUUUCCAUUCCCUGAGACACAUCAACUUGUGUUCGCUAUUUCUCAGCCUGGGCUACACAGCUCUUGUGGUUGGUGCCUGCAUUCAUGCAGGUACAUCGGAGAACGUCCCUCCAAGGGACUAUUCCUUAGAACCUAAGAUGUCAUCAAGAGCUUUCAGCGCAUUCACUUCCAUCUCCAUACUUGCAGCAAUAUUUGGGAAUGGCAUAUUACCUGAGAUACAAGCAACUCUAGCGCCUCCUGCUGCUGGGAAGAUGGUAAAAGGCCUUGUAAUGUGCUAUGCUGUAAUUGGAGUGACAUUCUACUCAGCUGCAGUUUCUGGAUAUUGGAUAUUUGGAAACAAGUCUAGUUCAAACAUUUUCAACAGUCUGAUGCCAGAUGAUGGACCUUCUUUGGCUCCAACUUGGGUCCUUGGCCUUGCAGUUAUUUUUGUUCUUCUCCAGCUCUUUGCCAUUGGCCUGGUUUAUUCUCAAGUGGCUUAUGAGAUAAUGGAGAAGAAGUCAGCUGAUGUGAAUCAGGGGAUGUUUUCCAAAAGAAAUCUUAUUCCACGCAUAAUUCUUCGAUCAAUUUACAUGAUACUAUGUGGGUAUGUGGCAGCUAUGCUGCCAUUUUUUGGAGACAUCAACGGUGUGGUUGGUGCCAUUGGUUUCAUCCCUUUGGAUUUCGUUCUGCCUAUGCUUAUGUACAACAUGACAUACAAGCCUCCAAAAUCAUCCUUCACUUAUUGGAUUAACACCUCAAUUAUGGUGGUCUUCACGGGUGUUGGAAUAAUGGGCGCAUUCUCUUCUAUAAGGAAAUUGGUUCUUGAUGCCCACCAAUUUAAGCUCUUUAGCGAUGAUGUUGUUGAUUAAGCGAAUGGAUACAAAAUUUAUGUGAGAACAAUAAUUUGUUUCCAUAACGUGGGUCAUCAUUAAACCCAUUUUAAUUGAGAAAACGGGAGAAAGUUGACAGAUAAAAGAAACACACUGUCCCCAACUUUUUUUUUUUUUACUAAAUGCUACUGCUAAGCUUGUAAUCUUCAAAGACAAAAGAGUAUGCUUACUUACUGCUUAGUAUACAGUUAAGCUAGUCA